AUGGUACAGUUUUUGCAGGUGGUUGACUUUGUUGGUUGGCUGCCCAUUGUAAAAGACAAUCAUAAACAGAAGAAGAAGAAAGCAUGGAGCAACUUCAAGAAUGCUGUAUGGCACGAGUCCUUCAAGAAGUUUCUUGAGGAGGUUGCUAUCUAUGCAAAAACGGGACAAUGGGUGAAUCGUUGGGAUGGUAUUGAGCAGUGGUUUUUCCCAACCAUUCUCAUCUUGUCUGCGGAUUUCAAAAGUGUGAUGGCAUUGACUCGUGGUGUCAAUGCCAAGCGGCCGUGCCCACAGACCGCGGCAUUGCUGGAACAUGCACGCACUCUGCACCAUAAGGAAUGGGACAAGGUUCUCUUACAGGCCGGCAUGAGAAACAUUGAUGAUGUGUUUAGUACUUUGGAACGCACAGAUGUUUACAAGGCCCUGUCCUUUGAUAUAAUCCACGCAAAUAAGGAGGGGAUGUUUGGCUAUCACCUCUGGCCAAUCGUGCAGAAAGAGGUGCUCACGUUAGGGUGUGAUGUGGCAGCAGCAGUUGAUGAUAACAAGAAGCACGGUGAUAUCUCAAAGGCGCUCACCUUUACUUGCCAUAGCAUCCUCCAAUAUCAUGUGGAGACUGGCCCAAAUGGCUAUCUCCUCCUUCGUUUAGUCAGGGCAUAUGUCAAGUUUGACAUGUGGCUGACCUUAGAUGUUCACACAGACAUCACACUUGCAGCGGGACAGAAAUCUCUUGACAUAUUGGCCGACUUGACCAAGCUUUAUGUCUGGGAAACUGCCACCAAAUUGGAUAAGGACUGGAACUUCCCCGAGAACCAUACAUGCAACCACUCCUUUAGAGACAUCAUAGUAAAAGGUGUCACAUGA